AUGUUCCAAUUAGCCUUCACUCUACCUGCUGAAAAGGAUCUGACCAUUUCCGUUAAGGACUAUGAUCUCCUUACUUCAGACGACGUGAUCGGGGAGACCAAGAUCGACCUGGAGAACCGGUAUCUCACCAAAUUCCGAGCCACCUGUGGCCUGCCACAGAGUUACUGUGUCUCAGGGCCAAAUCAGUGGCGUGACUCGCAAACGCCGUUGCAACUACUCGAGACAUUUUGUGACAAAAAUCGUCUACCCAAGCCGGUGUUUGACGACCACCAUCCUAACUAUAAUUGCCUUACUCUGCUGCUGGGGCAACGACUCUUCGUGCUGGACGACUUCGAGAAAGGGAUUGCGGCUAAUCCUCACUUUGGUCCCGCAAAACAGCGCCUCUGUUUGCAUGCCCUCGGUUGCCUACCGUUGGUUAAAGAGCACGUGGAGACAAGAAAGCUUGCCAGCCCUCUUCAACCAGGCAUAGAACAAGGCCGUCUCGAAAUGUGGAUUGACAUUUUCCCAAAAAGUCUAGGUUUGCCUGGGCCACCUUUUGAUAUUUCUCCUAGGAAACCUAAGGAGUUUGAACUUCGGGUGAUCGUCUGGAACACCAGUGAUGUCAUCCUUGACGAGGAAUCCAUCACAGGAGAAAAGAUGUCAGAUAUAUAUGUGAAAGUAAGUUUUCCUACUCUUCUUAAAUGCCUAUUUUGCACAAUAUUUUAUGUGAUAAUCCCUUGA